AUAUUUGAGUGGGAGUACUAUAAAUUGACGUGGUAUAUCUGUACUAUUGUAUAAUUUCUCCCUAUGAGUGAUGCCAAACCCAAUCACAACUGAUAACGCAAUUUCCACCGUCAGAUCGCCUCUCUGGCCCACCCUGAAACCGGAGAGUGCCACGUAGCAACCUAGUCAGCUCAGUCAAAUUAGUUUUUAAAUCCGUUACUAUUUAACAGCUAGCGCGGUCUCGAUCCCAGGGCGGUUACUCUGCAGGCCGCGCAGCUGAUAAACAAAACCAAAACACAAUUGCUUGCCAGCACCACUAGACACAGCCAUGGCCUCGAUUUUCGUUCCAGAACCUUCACUCCUGCCUAAUUCCACAGCUUCCGUUUCUUCUCCGGCUAAUCGGCUGCCGUGCCUGCUGCUAUGCCGUCCAGACCGACGCCUAUUCUCAAUCUCCGUCGCCACGUGUCGCGCUUUGGGGCUCCGGAGGUCCUUCAAUGUCACCGCCAGCGCCGCCUUGACGUCUAAUUCCGUACCGGAAAAGAAUGGAAUUCAUGUAGUUGGCGAUUUUAUGACGCCUAGAAAGGAUUUGCGUGUGGUUAAGCCCACAACUACUGUAGAUGAAGCUAUAGAACUUCUUGUAGAAAACAGAAUCACUGGUUUUCCAGUGAUCGACGACGACUGGAAAUUGGUCGGUCUUGUUUCAGAUUAUGACUUAUUAGCAUUGGACACCAUAUCAGGUCAAGGAAGAACCGACAACAGCAUGUUUCCAGAAGUGGACAGCUCUUGGAAAACUUUCAACGAGGUACAGAACUUGCUCAGUAAAACCAAUGGGCAGGUGGUCGGCGAUUUGAUGACACCAGCCCCAGUCGUCGUUAGUGAAACCACUAAUCUUGAGGAUGUUGCUAGAUUAUUGCUCGAGACAAAAUAUCGCAGACUUCCAGUUGUAGAUGACAGCGGUAAGCUGGUAGGAAUUAUUACAAGAGGAAACAUCAUAAGAGCAGCCCUUCAAAUAAAACAUGCUAGUGAAUCAAAAACAUAACAGCCAAACACAUAAGGAUCAACUUUCGUUCCAGAUGUUUAUGGUGCAAUUAUAGAAGAUGUUGGAGGAGCUGGUCUUCUUUAUAGGCGCAAUUUUGACAACGUGGUUGUGUAAAACAGCAAUGAGGUUGUAUUAAUUAUGAAUAACACAGAACCCUACCAGGAUUAAGGGUUUAUGGACCAUCCUUGCUUGUCCCUGAGAAGGGACAGGAAAAGAAACAGUUUGAGUGGUUAGCUGUUGAUGGAAAUUCGUCUCGAAACCCGUUGACAACCACACACAAUGCGCACAUGUAUAUCAUUUCUCUAUAGUCUAGAUGCUGUCCUGCGUUUGUUGAACUGAAGCGGCCAUUGGAUUGGUUUCAUGAUUGCCAAAUUUUCCGCACUAGUUGUUGAACAAAUGGUUGAAUUGGGGAGGUUGUAGACUUUAUCUUUCUUUAUUGGACUUCUAUUAUUGUUGCGCAUUUGUGCGUAUAAAAAAGAAUAGAAAAUGUACGAUAGUCAAAAUGAUUGCCUCAUUGGAUUUAAAAGAUUUUCCCUUUGA